AUGUCUCGUUUUAUGCUUUUCGGCGCCUUGCUCGCGGCUUUCGAGCCCUUCUCUGCUGUUGAAUCUGCUCAGUAUGGCGCGGAUUUUGCAGCUGCAGACGCAGACACGGUGCUGCGCGAGCUCCCUUCCGUCCAGGUUUCAGAUGCUCGCCUGAGAGGAAAGGCUGCAGCGGACCUCACUAGGGCCCUUUUGGGUCUUUCCUUGGUGACUGCUCUGAUGGCAGUUGUUUUCUUGGUGCUGCACUGCUACAAAACCUUGCGCCUUAACUCUAACCUCGGCACGGCCGUGAGACGGCUUGCAGAAGACGAUGAACCCCAAUGCUCCGUUUCCACGGGAUUUACUCCUGCCAUGCCCAACGUGUACAGAAGCCGUUAG